AUGGUCGUGCCUUCAAGUGAACCUUCUUGGACAAGAUCAUGGACGACAUUCACCGCAGGAGUGGCAGUAGCUUCUUCUGCCAUUACUCUAAUCAGCAUCUUGGGAUUUCAAAGAUUUAACAGACAGAGAAGGAGGCAUGAAUUGGAAGAUGAUAUAAAAGAUGCAAUGCGAAAAGCAAGAAAUAGCUCAGACAAUAAUGAUGAACAGGCCAAAUCAUUAGAUCGAAAGAGCACUAAACCUCACGAAGCCUUCCGAUAUGAUGAAUCGCUCAUCCGUGAACAGCUUUCUCGUAAUUACUCUUUCUUGGGAGAAGAAUCUAUGCAGAAAUUACGCGAUUCAUUCGUCAUCGUCGUAGGAGCAGGAGGAGUCGGGAGUUGGUGUGCAUUGAUGCUUCUUCGUUCUGGUGUUGGCAGAUUACGAUUGAUCGAUUUUGACCAGGUAAGCUUGAGCAGCUUGAACAGACAUGCAUGUGCAAAUCUUGCCGAUGUUGGAAGACCAAAAGUUCAAGUGUGCAAAGAACAUUUUGCAAAUAUUGCACCUUGGUGUGAUGUGGAUGCUCGCGUUGAGAUCUUUCGUGGUAGCGAAGCAAAACGAUUGUUAGGACCGGCAAAAGCAGAUCCUUCAAAGAAGCUACCACAAAUGCAACCAACAUAUGUGGUUGACUGUAUUGACAAUAUGGAUACAAAGGUGGAUCUACUGGCAUUCUGUUAUCACAACAAAAUUCCAUGCUUCAGCAGUAUGGGAGCGGGAGCAAAGGCAGAUCCUAGUCAAAUUCAAGUGGCUGAUCUCAAUACUACAUCCGAAGAUCCUUUAGCAAGAAGAGUGCGAAGAGGGUUACGUGCAAAAGGUAUUUGGGGUGGAGAUGCAGAACAAGCGGCAAAGGAAGCAGAUCGAGCAGAACAAAUGAGUGAAAAGCCUUAUACGAUCAUGUGUGUUUACACAAAUGAAAAGAGCGAUAUGCGACUUUUACCUUUAGACGAAGAAGAAUUUCAAAAAGGUAGUGUGGAUGAAUUGGCAGCUUUGGAGGAUUUCCGGGUUCGUAUUUUACCUGUGUUGGGACCUUUGCCGGCCAUGUUUGGUUUGGCAGCAGCAACGUUUAUCAUUUGUGAGAUUUCUGGUCGUCAACUGGAGACUUUGCCUUGGAAAGCAAGAAGAAAAACUGCCGAAAGAACGUGGCAUGAGCUGGAGAAUACGGAACGUAAGUACCCUUCUCCUGGUAGCAAACUGACUGCUGCAGAACAAGGCUUUGGACCGAGACGGAUUCCUUGGACGGCGGAAGAUGUUGCUUAUGUGUUUGAGGAAGUAUACAGAUGCAGAUCUGUUGUGCCACCACAUGAGACGCUGGCUCUGGGUAGACUUUUGCGUUGGGAUUCGACCCUACCUUUGUCCUAUUCCAACGUCGCUCUCUUCUCUCGCGAACAAGGUGCAGUGCAUGAACGUGAAGUGUUGAAGAAUGGACGUAGUCCUGUAGAAGUAUGGGGAGAAGAAGCCACAAGGAUGUUCAAGAGAAGAAUGGCAGAUGAAAGGCGGAUGAACGUCCUUAGAUGAUGAAGCACUGUAUUUAUACACACACAAUUGUAUUACAAUGCAAAACAAAAGACAACUAUUAGUACAUAAAUCUUGUUUGACGCUCACGUUUCUCGUCGUCUGAAUCGAGGAUCAUUUUUCAUUUGUUCCCGUUUCUUUCUAUCAGCAGCAUCUGCAGAUCGAUUAGUCUUUGCCACCAUUUGUGUAUCCGGGAAUCCAAUCUCCCAGAAACCUUCUGGUGUUGAUGGUGGCGGACCAUAAUCGCGAUGCCUACUAAUCUUCUGUAAAUGUUCUUGACGUUGACGUUCAGAGCCUUUACUCGAACGAUUUUUCUCGUUUGCAUUCUCGUCAUCUUCGUCGUACAAGUCUCCCUUUCGUACAUCCUCAUAAGGUCGUACAGCAACUGGCCCUGCUGCAUCGUAAUAGUCUCGACAACAUUGGCAAUC